AUGUCACCCCAGAGCACGGAAGCAUGGUUAUACCCUACGGAUGUUCUUGAACAUGCGGAAGGCACCUUGUUAUACUAUAUUGACUCGUGUGAUCUUGAUGUGAAGGAGUAUCACGUGGAUGAAAAUAGAGAUUUGCAUAACGAAAGAGUAGUUACUGAUUUUCGCGUGAAUGGCGAACGUCCCGACUUUGUACCCGAUGGAAUGACCAUCGAUACCGAUGGAUACCUCUACGUAGCCACCUUCGGCGGGUCCUGUGUCUGUAAAAUAGAUCCAUCUGAUGGUAAGAUAGUUCAAGAGAUAAAGCUUCCCGUCGAACAAGUGACAUCAGUAGCAUUCGGUGGCCCAUCCCGUAACGUUCUUUUUGUCACGACAUCCGCAAUGGUAUUCAAAAGAUCACAGCCACCUCCAGCUGGUGCCCUCUACAAAGUGACUGGACUAGGCGCCAAAGGAGCACCAAUGUAUAGUGUAGACCUGAAUUGAGCGUUGACAAUAGAAUGCGAAAAUGCGGAACUAUGUAAAUUAAAGAAACAACCUCAGCCUCAAAUUCCUUUUCCACAUAAAAACUAUUUCAGUUAGAAUUUGGUCGCAUAAAUUAGGACAUUUCUCAGCAUAGAAAUAACGUAAAAAAAAGUGAAGGAUGGCAUUUUGUAGGGUUUUUAAUUAACUUUGAGGGAAAAAUACAUGAAAAUUAUUCGUCAGCUGUUCGGAUGAGUUUUUGAACUUCAUUCUCUGCACAGUACUGCUAAUAACCGUAUUUGCUACCUUGUUCUAUCACUUUUCCAUUUGAGCUGGUUUUUCUAUGGUUCUGCCACAUUUCGUUAUUUUUUUUUGAUAAUUGCCCAAUAUCUCUCGAUGGGACGAAAAUCCGGACAAUUUGGUGGAUUGAUAGUUUAUAGUAUAAAAAAAACUCGUUCUCCUUAUACCACUUGACGACAUCCCGGCUGUAAUGGCAGCUUGACAAGCCAGGCUAGAACUUCAUUGGACCUUUAUGUGAUCGAAUGAAUGUCGAAAUCCUGUUCUGAAGACAUUCCUUCUUGUAAACUUGUUCAUACAUUGUUGCCCACGUAAUGAAAACCUUUGCCUUCUCUCCACAACUACUUAUCUUAAUGUCUUAAUUAUUUAUCUCAGAACUUAACGAAACUUUUUGGGCGUGAAGACCUCACCUAAUUA